AUGCACACAGCAUCCGGGCCACUGAGCCCACAGCACUGGGGGCUAUGGUUGCUCUUGUUCGUGUCCAGGACCUGGGCCUUCUACAUCCCUGGUUACUCGGUCGCCCGGUAUAACGACGAUCAGCCUAUCCCUCUUCUCGUGAACAAGAUCUUUUCCGACCAUACCCAGCUCCAAUAUGCCUACUUCGAUCUGCCCUUCGUCUGCCCGCCGAGCGGCCGCUCACACGGUGGCUCGCCCUUCGGAUCCGGCGAGAGCAUCUCGCUCAACCUAGGCGAGGUGCUGCGCGGCGAUCGGAUCAUGACCUCAGACUUCGAGCUUGCCAUGGGAAAGGAUGUAGAGUGCCAGUCGCUCUGCACUGCCGAGGUCAGCCGUAAAGAUGUCAAGUGGGCUCGCCAGCUCAUCAAGGAGAAUUAUGUGAUCGAGUGGAUUGUCGAUAACCUCCCAGGCGCAACCAGCUUCGUGACCGUCGACCGGAGCCGCAAGUACUAUGCCUCUGGCUUCAAGCUCGGAUACCGCGAUAUCUCACCCGUGACCGGUCGUCCUCGCUCCUUCAUCAACAAUCACUUUACAAUUGUUAUUCGCUGGCGCAGCGCACCGGAGGGCGGCAAGGUUAUAGUCGGAUUCGAGGUAUAUCCCAAGAGCAUCAGCGCAAAGGACCGCCUAGCGAAUGGCUGCCCCAAGGCGGUCCACAAGGACCAGGAUCCAUUGAGCUUGUUCAUUGCACCAGACACGUCGCGCCUUAAGGAGAAGUACCAGGGUCUCUCCUAUAUUCCAGAGGAGGAUGACGACGAUGACGACGGUGCUCUGCUGAAGAUUCCCUACACCUACUCCGUCUACUUCCGCGAGGAUACCAAGGUCGAAUGGGCGAACCGUUGGGACCUGUACUUCACCAACCAGGAGGAGGGUUCGAUGACCCACUGGCUGGCGAUCAUCAACUCCUUGACAAUCUCUACUGUGCUGGGGGUCACCGUCUUUGUCAUUUGGAGCCGCACGGUUUAUGGCGACAUCAAGGGUCGUGGUGAUGGCGCCAUGGAUGAUCGGAAGCCGAAGGGACCUCGACGCAAGAGAUCCGGCGAGAAGAAAGGCGACGGACUGUUGGAGAAUGAUGUGGAGAAUGACGCAGACAUGUCUUCCGAAGAGGAGGCAUUCGAAGACACCAGUGGUUGGAAACUUCUUCACGGCGACGUCUUCCGCAUUCCAGCCUACAGUGGUCUUCUGGCCCCGUUGAUCGGAUCGGGCAUGCAGUUGUUGUUCAUGGCCACGGGACUUCUCGUGCUAAGCUGCUUGGGUGUCUUGAAUCCGAGCUUCCGUGGUGGGUUCGUCAGUGUUGGCAUGGGGCUGUUUGUCUUUGCUGGUGUCUUCUCCGGCUACUUCUCCGGAAGGCUAUACAAAACUUUUGGCGGAUCAGCUUGGCGGAAGAACACGGUCAUUACAGCCUUGUUGUUCCCGGGGCUGUCAUUCUGCCUUGUCUUGAUAUUGAACCUGUUCGUCUGGGCUCAAGCAUCCAGCACUGCCAUCCCCUUCGGUACCUUGGUUGGACUGCUUGCUCUCUGGCUUCUUAUCCAGGUCCCCCUGGUGUACGCCGGUAGCUGGUUUGGAUAUGUGCGAGCUAGCCCAUGGGAGCAUCCUUUAAAGACCAACGCCAUCCCUCGUCAAAUCCCACUCCAGCCCUGGUAUCUGCGCAGCCCCGCAGGCCCCUUGUUGACUGGUCUGAUUCCCUUUGCUGUUCUCUUUAUUGAACUCCUCUUUGUGUUCAAGAAUCUUUGGCAGGACAAGAGCGGCUACUACUACGUGUUUGGUUUCUUGAGCGUGGUGUCAGCGGUGUUGCUGGUUACAGUGAUUGAAGUGACCAUCAUUGCGACAUACAGCCAGCUCUGCUCCGAGGCAAGCCCCCCCCCCCCCGACGAUAUAUUCAUGUGCCUUGUGCUGACUUCUCUGCAGAACUAUCACUGGUGGUGGCAGAGUUUCUUGACCGGCAGUGGCAGCGCCUUCUGGAUCUUCGCCUACUGUAUCUGGUACUAUACCUUCAAGCUGCACAUCACAGGCUUUGUUUCUGGCUUGCUGUUCUUCAGCUACAGCUUCCUGGCUUGUGCUGUAUACGGUCUCUUGACAGGAACAGUUGGCUUCUUGGCCGCAUACGCCUUUGUCCGGCGAGUGUACAGUGCAAUUAAGGUCGAUUAA